AUGCACACCUUUCAGCGCAAACCGGGCUUCAAACGCUAUGAAUCAGGCUCUUGUGCAAAGACACGUCAGAAGCUGGAGAAAUCGUGCGCCGGAGCUCGCCUGAUGGAGAACGAGAAAUUGCCUUACGCCGACGAGAACUCGUUGGAAACAACGGAAAAGGAGUUGCCUCCGCCCGAAACCAAGCUGUGA